AUGUCCUUUGAGUGCCAGCAGUGUGGCAAGUAUUUUAGCCAAGCAAGACAGCUAAGGACUCAUGAAAGAGUCCACAAUGGGGAAAAGCCUUUUGAAUGUAAACAGUGUGGCAAGCGUUUUAGUCAAGCAGGAAACCUAAGGAGUCAUGAAAGAGUUCACACUGGGGAAAAGCCUUUUGAAUGUAAACAGUGUGGCAAGUGUUUUAGUGUAGCAGGACACUUAAGUCGUCAUAAGAGAGUUCAUACUGGGGAAAAGCCUUUUGAAUGUAAGCAGUGUGGCAAAUGUUUUAGCCAAACAGUUCACUUAAAGAUUCAUUAUUGAGUUCACAGUGGUGAGAAACCUUAUGAAUGUAAACAGUGUGACAAGUGCUUUAGCACAGCAGGAGAACUAAGGCGUCAUGAAAGAGUUCACACUGGGGAAAAGCCUUUUGAAUGUAAAGAGUGUGGCAAGUGCUUUAGCCUAGCAGGACACUUAAGUCGUCACAGGAGAGUUCACACUGGGGAAAAACCUUUUGAAUGUAAACAGUGUGGCAAGACAUUUAGCACAGGUGGAGACCUAAGUAGUCAUAAUCGAGUUCACAGUGGUGAGAAACCUUUUGAAUGUAAACAGUGUGGCAAGUGCUUUAGCACAGCAGGAAAACUAAGGAGUCAUGGAAGACUUCACACUGGGGAAAAGCCUUUUGAAUGUAAACAGUGUGGCAAGCGUUUUAGUCAAGCAGGAAACCUAAGGAGUCAUAAUCGAGUUCACAGUGGUGAGAAACCUUUUGAAUGUAAACAGUGUGGCAAGUGCUUUAGCACAGGAGGAAAACUAAGGAGUCAUGAAAGACUUCACACUGGGGAAAAGCCUUUUCAAUGUAAACAGUGUGGCAAGUGUUUUAGUCAAGCAGGAAACCUAAGGACUCAUGAAAGAGUUCACACUGGGGAAAAGCCUUUCGAAUGUAAAGAGUGUGGCAAGUGCUUCAGUGUAGCAGGACACUUAACUCGUCAUAAGAGAGUUCAUACUGGGGAAAAGCCUUUUGAAUGUAAACAGUGCGGCAAAUGUUUUAGCCAAACAGUCCACUUAAGGAUUCAUAAAAGA